AUGUUAAUGCACAGCUUCUUUUUGUUCACUUUUGGACUAAUUUUUACUGGAAACCCUUUUUGGAUAAAAGGUGUAUCCUCUGAACACACACCCAGACUUUCUACAUUAGAAAUAAUCAUUCCACGAAGUCUGACAGGCAGACAGAAACAUCCCCCAUUUUCUCAUGAGGAGCAUUCAGAUGACAAUCUUUCUUACUCAGUUAAAACCAGAAAUGGAACAUACCUCCUAAAGCUGAAGAAAAAUAAAAAACUUCUCAGUGACAACUUUAAGCUGUACACAUAUGGGGAAAAUGGGAAACUGCAGGCAACACCAUCCAAAAAUGAGACACACUGUUAUUAUCAUGGCACUGUUGAAGGAAUUGCUGACUCCACACUUGCUCUUAGUACAUGUGAUGGCCUUAGGGGAAUUCUCUACAUUGGAGGCAAAUGGUACGGAAUGGAGCCCCUCAACACAUCCAGCACAUUUGAACAUGUGCUUUAUGAAUUGGAAGAUGAGCAGGGUAUCCCCUUCCACUGUGGGGUGCUGAAUGGCAGCCUGGAGCAUGAGAUGGUUGUGAAGCAGCCUGUGAAAUACACAUUUUCAUCAAACAGUACCUCCAGCAGGGACAGGCUCCUCAGGGAGAAGCGAGCUGUCCUGCCCCAGAAAAGCUAUGUAGAGUUAUAUGUGGUUGUGGAUCACCACAGGUUUUUGCUGAAGAAUUCUGAUCCUGCUGCAGUGCAAAAGGAAACAGUGGAGCUGAUUAAUUAUGUUGAUGGGAUGUAUAGUGCAAUAAACAUCCAGAUUGUUUUGGUUGGAUUAGAGAUUUGGACAGAUGCCAACCACAUAUCUGUGAUGGAUGGUUCAGCUGGGGACGUGCUGAGUAGAUUUGUUUCUUGGAGACAGAAAGAUCUUCUGAAGCGCUCAAGGAAUGACGUUGCUCACCUCAUAAUAGGGAGAAGCUCUUUCAGUGGAUCCAUUGGAAUGGCUUUUGUGGGCACUGUGUGCUCACAUGUCCAGGGAGGGUCAAUCAGCACUCUGAAUCAUGACAAAAUGUUACGGCACGCCACAGUAGUGGCACAUGAGCUGGGGCACAAUCUGGGAAUGAAACAUGAUGACAAGAGGUGUCCUGCAAACUAUAUCAUGCACAGCACAGAUAAUGGAUCCAGGAAUUUCAGCACCUGUAGUGCUGAUGAUUUUGAGGCCUUUAUUCUAAGUGGAGGAGGAAACUGCCUUAGAAAUCCUCCCAAAACAAGUAAUGUGUACAAAGAACCUGUCUGUGGUAAUAAUGUGGUCGAUAAAAAUGAAGAAUGUGACUGUGGCAAACCACAGGAAUGCUCCAACCCCUGCUGUGAUGCUGCCACCUGCAAACUCACACCUGGCUCACAGUGUGCUCAAGGACUGUGCUGCAAAAACUGCAAGUUUAAAGUGGCAGGAGCAGAGUGCAGAGCAAAACAAGAUGUCUGUGAUCUCCCUGAGUACUGCAAUGGAAGCACUGCCUACUGCCCAGAUGAUGUUUACAUCAUGAAUGGUCACCCAUGCAGCAACAGCAAGGCUUAUUGCUACUAUGGAGUGUGCCAGAGCUUUGAUUCACAGUGUGAAUCUAUCUAUGGCAAAGGGGCACGGAAAGCACCUGAUAUAUGCUUUGAAAAAGCAAAUAUUAAAGGAGAUAGGUUUGGAAACUGUGGGAUGAAAGGUGGAGUGUACAAGAAAUGCCCUGUCCAGCACAGUCUGUGUGGGAAGCUGCAGUGCACCUCUGUCAGUCUCCAGAACCUCCCAGCCUGGAGCGUUGUCAAUAACGCGUCCGGGGUUUUGUGCUGGUCCUCUGACUUUGACCUAGGAUCAGAUAUCCCUGAUCCUGCCCAAGUUCAUGAUGGCACAGCCUGUGGAGAGAACAAGGCCUGUUUAGGUUGUGAAUGUCUUGAUGCAAGAUUUCUGGGCUACAGCUGUGAUGUAAAGCAGAAGUGUAAUAAUAACGGGGUGUGUAACAACAACGGGAACUGCCACUGCAAUACGGGAUGGGCCCCUCCUUUCUGUAACCAGUCUGGCUACGGCGGCAGCAUUGACAGUGGCCCAGCUCACAGAGAUACAUCACUUCGGGAUGGGCUGCUGAUUUUCUUCCUCCUGGUGCUGCCCGUAGCCAUCCUCAUUGCAGUAGCAGUAUUUAAACGUGAUGCAAUAAGGAGAAAACUUUGCAGGAAAAGCAGAGGACAGCACAGGGAUAGCAAUGGGCAGGAACCAAAGCAAGGCAACAGAGCAAGUCAUGAAACAGGAAAUAAUCAGCCUGCUGCAUCAAGUCACAAUAUUUUUACCAUAUUGCAUUUUCCUGGUACAAGGCAGCCAGUCCAAACCCAGCCUCCUGCAGCUUCCUCAGGACCUCGACGACCCCCAGUCCCACCUAGACCAGUUGUCUGA